CGACCAGUGGAGUCGCGAGCCAGACAAACCCAGCAGCACAUACACACACGUACACCCCCGCGCCUCUCAGAAUAAACAGCAAAAAAGGCAAGCCAAGAAGAAUCAAUCGCGAGCACGAAGAGCGGAGAUCCAAAUCGCCGCAAAAGGAGCCUCCCACUCGCUUCGCCCGCAAGGAAAUUCCUCCGCGCGAUCGGGAGCAAACCAGUUGGAGCUAGAGAAAAGGCUAAGGAAUGGAAUCGACUUAUGCCACCGAAGAGAGUAACUCAAAGGACUAUUCUGCAAAUGCAUCUUCAUCUCCAAUAGGAAGUCUAGAAACUUCAGUCGAUUUACCAACUUCUGCAGCCAAGGAAGUUCCUGGCGAUAGUGCUCACGAGGGGCCAAGGGGACAUGAGGUCCCAGAAAUGCGGCUUCCUGAUCUAACAGAAGACCAUGUGGAAUCAAAUGCGCCUUCAGAUACAGGUCCUGAAAUACUUACUAAUUCAGGACGAACUGAGGCAUUCAUAAGCUCAACAAAUGAUAAGGCACAUCCUCCUCCUCCAGCAGAUGCAAUUGAAGUGAACAGUAUGCCUGUAAAUGUCCCAAACGGCACUGGAGCUAUGCUAAGAGCUGAAAUGCAACCCAAAGAAGAUAAGACACAUUAUCAGACUGAUAUGGCUAGAAAGCUGAAAAGGAAAGAAGAUUCAGAAACAGCACCUGAAAGUCCAUACAGAGGCCUUGUUGACACUGCUGCGCCUUUUGAGUCUGUUAGGGAAGCUGUCACCAAGUUUGGAGGAAUUGUUGAUUGGAAAGCUCAUAAAGCUCAGAUGAUCGAGAGACGCAAGCUCAUACAACUUGAACUUGAAAAGAUUCGAACAGAAAUUCCACUUUGCAAGGAGGAACUAGAAGCCGCUGAGAUGGCUAAAUCUCAAGUUGUUGAUGAGCUAGAGCACACCAAGAGACUCAUUGAGGAGCUGAAGCAUCACCUGGAGAAAGUACAGGUUGAAGAAGCUCAGGCAAAGCAAGAUUCUGAGCUUGCACAACUCAGGGCACAAGAAAUUGAGCAUGGAAUAGCUGAUGAAACUAGUGCGAUAGCCAAGACGCAAAUGGAAGUCGCUAAAGAAAGACAUGAAAAGGCUGUUGCUGAACUUAAGUCAGUAAAAGAGGAGUUGAGGUCAGUACAUGAACAAUAUGCUACCCUAAUCGAUGAAAGAGACACUGCAAUAAAAAGAGCAGAAGAGGUUAUAUCUGCAGGAAAGGAGAUUGAGAAGCGAGUGGAGGAACUGACUUUAGAAUUGAUUGCAUCUAAAGGAUCUCUUGAGUUGGCCCAUGCUGCACAUCAUGAGGCAGAGGAACGCAGGAUCGGUGCUGCAUUGGUGAAAGAGCAGGAUUGCCUUGCUUGGGAGAGAGGGUUGCGUCAGGCACAAGAGGAGCUGCAACAACUAGAGAGUAAGCUCGCGUCCAAUAAUGAUAUGCGGCUCAAUAUAGAUGCAAAUUUGGGCAAGUUGCUUAGCCUCAACAAAGAGCUGUCUGCCUAUAUGGAGAACAAACUGAUCGAAGAAGCUGAAGGAGCUUCCAAGGAGCAUGAGGCUGAAGGUGCUAAGCAAAUUAGCAAUUCGAUUAAGGAAGCUCUAGCAUCAAAACAGAAAGAGCUUCAGGAGGUCAAAGCGAACAUUGAGAAGGCAAAGGCUGAGGCCAAUGUGUUAAGAUUUGCUGCCAUAACACUCAGAUCAGAACUAGACAGUGAGAAAGCUUCACUUGUCUCGUUACAACAGGGGGAGGCUAUGGCAUCCGUUGCAGUUUCUUCACUAGAAGAUGAACUCAACCGGACGAAACGAGAGAUAGAAUCUGUUAGGUCCAAGGAAGCUGAGGCCCAAGAAAAGAUGGUGGAGCUUCCCAUGGUUUUACAGCAAGCGACUCAGGAGGCCGAGGAUGCCAAGGUAGCAGCUCAGUCAGCUCAAGAGGAGCUGACGAAGGCCAAGGAGGACUUCAAGCAAACCAAGGCUGCGGCAGCUACAGCAGAGACCAGGCUAUCUGCUGUUGUAAAAGAAGCAGAAGCAUCCGUAGCAUCGGAGAGGCUAGCGCUCGCGGCUGUUCAAGCGUUGCAAGAAAGCAAAGAGGCGAGAGACGUUAAGGAUUCCCCGAGACAAGUGACGCUUCCUUUAAGCGAAUACUAUGAACUCAGCAAGAGAGCACAUGAAGCUGAAGAACAGGCCAAUGAGAGUGUGGCAGAAGCAUUGGCACAGGUGGUGUCGGCAAAGGAAUCGGAAUCAAGGAGCCUUGAGAGACUAAAGGAAGCAUCCGAGGAAAUGGAUGAGAAGAAGGAAGCUCUUGAAAUCGCAUUGGAGCGAGCUGGGAGGGCGAACAAAGGGAAACUAGCUGCCGAGCAGGAACUGAGGAAAUGGAGAGCUGACCAUGAGCAGCGCCGCAGAGCUCUGGAAGCCGCGAAACGCGCAGUGAAUCCUUUGAAUGGUCCAUCUAGGGUAUUUGUUGAACAGAAGGAUCCGUACCACAGCGAGCAGGAGUCCAAGCUACAGAUGUCAGGAAGUAGCUACGAGAGCCUUGCUCCAAAUCAAAAGUUGCAGAGGAAGAAAUCGGUUUUCCCUAUGAUGGGUUCGGUUCUAUCCAGAAAGACCCGGGCACAGACGUGAGAUAACAAGAUCCUACCUAGACUCCUAGGACUUUGGAAAUUACAUUGCUGUACAUUGUUGUAAUAAGUUGGUUUUUUUUUCUGGUCCUGUUUCGAAAGAGCAUUUUUUUUCUUACAACUUGGUGUAGUCCGGUGGAAGGUGUAAUUUGUUGGUAUAAACACCGGACGGCGUAUUGGAAUAUGUCUAUACCAUCUUUUUUCGGUAACUCAGUAGGUAUCCAUGAAUUUUGUGAGGGAAUUGUUCGUGUCAUGCAGUCCAGUGGAGGUGUAGCUCUAUUCUGUAAUGUUUCCCUGAAACUUGGAACUCUUUGGAGUGAGCUGGUUACAGAUCUUUCUGAUUGUUGAUA